UACCUAAAAAGACCCCUUCCUUCCGGCCUUCUCUAUCUCGUGUCUCAAACCUAACUCUGUUUAUUUAAUUUUCUCCAUUGGGAGAGAAAAUGGGAAAGUAUAUGAAGAAAUCGAAGGAAGGUGAGGUGGCGGUGGUGAUGGAGGUGUCCUCCAUUGGUAUAUGUACAAGAAGGAGAGCCAAAAGUUUAGUAGCAGCCCAGAAACCUCAAAAACCUAUAUCUAAAUCUGACUCCUCUUCUCUCUCCUACCUUCAGCUCCGCAGCCGCCGCCUCCACAAACCACCUCCUUUACUCCUUACUACUACUACUACUCCUUCAAAACCAAAACCAAAACCAAAACCCCACACCAUUUCCAUUUCCAAUUCCACCCUUUUUGAUUCUUCUUCCUUUGGAGAUAAUUAUUUGGACUUUGAUGCCAGUCCCAGACACAGGAGUAGCAGCAGGGAGAGCACGCCCUGUAGUCUGAUAAGGGACGCGGAUUCUAUAGGAAUCACCCCGGGUUCAACGACCAGUCGAACUUCUACUGAAACUAACCGAAGAGUUAGGAACAUCCCAACAACACAGGAGAUGGAAGAGUUCUUUGCCCGUGCCGAGCUGGAACAUCAGAGAAUAUUUAUUGACAAGUACAACUUUGAUUUUGUGAGUGAUUUGCCCCUCCCAGGACGGUACGAAUGGGUGCAGAUAAUUCCCUAAGCCGAGUUCGUUUAAUUGGAUUUAUGGUGGAGCAUUGCAAGUGCAGGGAAGUGCAUGUAAAGUAACUAGCACUAAGACAUACGAUUUUAGUUAUCGGUAACAUAACCAGAGCUUAUGAAUUACACACUAACCAACUUAGAAAACCAAAAAUCCCUCCUUCAAGAGGAGGAAUCAUUGGAGAGGAGAUUGGGUAGGGUAGUUAUCGGUUUUGGAUAGAUUCAUCAAGUGUAAUUUUUAAGCAGUAUGUCUAAUUAACUAGAUUUUCAUUUCCAGUAUUUUCUUAAUAUUUCAGUUUUGUCUAUAUUUAGGUGAGGAUGAACAAUCAACUGUGUCUCUUUGGAAAUAAAUCAACUCUUCUCUUUA